AUGGCGCAACAGACGCCACCUUCUCACCCUCAGGGCUGCUGUUCGCCGUCAUGCCCGAUGAAGCAUUCGGCGCCCGCAAGUGCCAUUGCGCCAAGCGGGACUUGUCCGAUGCGAGCCUUUCAUCCAGCUGGCAGUCAUUCGCACUGCGCAUCGUUCGAUGACGCAAGAAACAGACUGAUGCGCGACAAGAAUGUGCGACCCGUAAGAAACCGGAUCGAGUUUUUCGACGAUCCGAUCCCCCUGCCUCUUGCCUACUGGACGCCUCCGCUGUGGAGUGGCUUCGCUGGCACCCCAGUCGAUGACAUGAUGUUCGAGACGGCCCUGACAGCAGCAGACAUGAUGCAGGACGUCGCGUGGAGGCCGCGCGUGGACGUGGAUUUCGACGACAAAAAGAAGGAAAUGAUUGUUUUGGCCGAGCUGCCUGGCAUGCAAAAGGAAGAUGUCACCAUCGAAGUUGACAAAGGAGCUCUCGUGAUCAAAGGCGAAAAGACUGCGGGAGACGUCAUCAAGGAAGAAGAAGGCAAGACGAAAAACAUUCUCACCGAGCGGUUCUCAGGGUACUUCUGUCGUCGCUUCCAGCUCCCGAGCAAUUACAAACCCGACGGCAUCAACGCGACCAUGGAGAACGGCGUGCUGCGCGUCACCGUCAAAGUAGACGACUCAGACCAGGGGAAGCAGCAAAUCACCGUCAAGUAG